AUGACAUGUCAGAGCGGGAGGGAGGGGGGCCACGGUACACUUCUCGAAUCUUGGGGAAUGGCGAUCUUGGUUCUUGCAAUCUUUACACACCCACAAAAUGAAUACACCACUACAGUCUAG